UUUCUCUUUCUCUUCUCUCUCCAUCCAACACUCUCACAGCCUCUGUAACCCAAAAACCUUAAACAUAUUACAUUGGAAAUUUGUUCACCUCCUCCUUUCAUUUUGUUAGUUAUUACCUAAUUGUGUUCAUCAUCAUUAAUUGUAAUCAUCAUUAGAAGCAACAAUCAUGGGUAGCGAUAAGAAAGAUGGCAAGAGAGCAAAAAGUCAGAAGAAAAAGGAAUUGGAUGACCUCAAACAAGAGGUGGACAUGGAUGAGCACAAAGUCCCUCUGGAAGAAUUGUAUGCUCGUUUAAAAACCAAUAGUGAAACUGGAUUAACCGUAGCUCAGGCGAAAACAGUACUCGCACGGGAUGGGCCAAACGCCCUGACACCUCCACCAACAACACCAGAAUGGGUUAAAUUUUGUAAACAGCUUUUCGGUGGUUUCGCAUUAUUAUUAUGGAUUGGUGCCGUUCUUUGUUUCUUGGCUUAUUCAAUUCAAGCUUCUAGUUUUGAAGAUCCAUCCCCAGAUAAUCUUUACCUUGGUAUUGUAUUGGCUGUUGUCGUUAUUGUUACCGGAUGUUUCUCUUACUACCAAGAAGCCAAAAGUUCAGCUAUCAUGGAAUCUUUCAAGAGUAUGGUACCUCAAUAUGCUACUGUUAUUCGAGAGGGAAAAAAGAACACAUAUCCAGCUGAAGAAGUUGUAGCCGGUGAUUUGGUUGAGGUUAAAGGUGGAGAUCGAGUUCCAGCUGAUAUGAGAAUAAUUAAAGCUCAUGGAUGUAAGGUUGACAAUUCAUCACUUACCGGAGAAUCUGAACCACAAACUCGAUCUCCAGAACUAACCAAUGAAAAUCCAUUAGAAACUCGUAAUCUCGCCUUCUUCUCAACCAACUGUGUUGAAGGUACUGCCCAAGGUAUUGUUAUAAAUACCGGUGAUCGCACUGUAAUGGGCCGUAUUGCUAAUCUAGCCUCUGGUCUGGAAAUGGGUCAAACUCCCAUUGCCAAAGAAAUUGAACAUUUCAUUCACAUUAUUACCGGAGUUGCUGUUUUCCUUGGAGUCUCUUUCUUCAUAAUUGCUAUUAUAUUAGAUUACAAUUGGCUUGAUGCAGUUAUCUUCUUGAUCGGUAUUAUUGUCGCUAAUGUACCCGAAGGCUUACUCGCCACUGUGACAGUAUGUCUGACCCUCACUGCCAAACGGAUGGCUUCCAAAAACUGUUUAGUCAAAAAUCUUGAAGCUGUUGAAACUCUUGGUUCAACUUCAACCAUUUGUUCAGACAAAACUGGUACACUGACCCAAAAUCGUAUGACCGUUGCCCAUAUGUGGUUCGAUAACCAUAUCAUGGAGGCUGAUACCACAGAGGAUCAAUCCGGUGUUCAAUAUGACAAGACUUCACAUGGAUGGAAAGCAAUGACACGAGUCUGCAUGUUAUGUAGUCGAGCUGAAUUCAAACCUAACAUGGAAAAUGUUCCCAUUCUUAAACGAGAAACAACUGGUGAUGCAUCUGAAUCGGCGAUUCUUAAAUGUAUGGAACUUGCUCAUGGAAAUGUUCCUGGUUAUCGUCAAAAGAAUCCCAAAAUCUGUGAGAUUCCCUUCAACUCAACCAACAAAUAUCAUGUUACCAUUCAUGAAACUGAUGAUCCAAAUGAUCCAAGUUACUUAUUAUGUAUGAAAGGUGCUCCUGAGCGUAUUCUUGACCGUUGUUCCUCCAUCUACAUUGGUGGACAAGAUCGACCAUUAGACGAGGAGAUGAAAGAAGCAUUUAAUUGUGCUUAUCUUGAAUUAGGUGGUUUGGGUGAACGUGUAAUCGGUUUUUGUGACCUUAAACUACCAGCUGAUAAAUAUCCUCCUGGUUAUCCAUUUGAUGCCGAUGAAGGUAAUUUCCCUCUAGAUGGACUUCGUUUCUUAGGUUUGGUUUCCAUGAUUGAUCCUCCACGAGCUGCCGUACCCGAUGCCGUAGCCAAGUGUCGAUCUGCCGGUAUUAAGGUUAUCAUGGUUACAGGUGAUCAUCCAAUCACUGCAAAAGCCAUUGCCAAAGCAGUUGGUAUCAUUUCUGAAGGAAAUGAAACUGUUGAAGAUAUUGCUCAGCGUUUGAAUAUUCCCGUUGAAGAGGUUAACCCAAGAGAUGCCAAGGCCGCUGUUAUUCACGGCGGAGAAUUGAGAGACAUGGAUGUUGUAACUUUAGAUGAAAUUCUCAAGUAUCAUACUGAAAUUGUUUUCGCUCGAACUUCACCUCAACAGAAAUUGAUCAUCGUUGAAGGCUGUCAACGUCAAGGGGCCAUUGUCGCCGUUACCGGUGAUGGUGUUAAUGAUUCACCUGCGCUGAAAAAAGCUGAUAUCGGUGUCGCCAUGGGUAUCGCUGGAUCUGAUGUAUCCAAACAAGCUGCUGAUAUGAUCUUAUUGGAUGAUAAUUUUGCCUCCAUUGUUACCGGUGUUGAAGAGGGUCGAUUGAUUUUCGAUAAUCUUAAAAAAUCAAUUGCCUACACUUUGACCUCCAACAUUCCUGAAAUCUCACCUUUCCUAUUCUUCAUCAUUUUCAAUGUUCCCUUACCUUUGGGCACUGUUACUAUUCUUUGCAUCGAUCUUGGUACUGACAUGGUUCCUGCCAUCUCAUUAGCUUAUGAGCAAGCCGAAAGUGAUAUUAUGAAACGACAGCCCAGAAAUCCCAAGAAAGAUAAAUUAGUCAAUGAACGUCUCAUCUCCAUGGCUUAUGGUCAGAUUGGUUUCAUUCAAGCGGCUGCCGGUUUCUUUACCUAUUUUGUUAUUAUGGCGGAAAAUGGAUUCUUGCCAUCUUUUCUUUUUGGCCUUCGAAACGAUUGGGACUCAAAGGCCAUUAAUGAUUUACAAGAUUCUUACGGACAAGAAUGGACUUACAAAAAUCGUAAAGUUUUAGAAUUCACUUGUCAUACUGCAUUUUUCAUCGCCAUCGUUAUUGUCCAAUGGGCCGAUCUGAUUGUAUGUAAAACCAGAAGAAAUUCACUUGUUCACCAAGGAAUGAGAAAUCAUGCUCUUAAUUUUGGAUUGCUUUUUGAAACUGCUUUGGCCGCUCUUCUCUCUUAUACUCCAGGAAUGUCAGUCGUUCUUAAAUUGUAUCCAAUUAAGUUAUCAUGGUGGUUCCCAGCGAUGCCAUUCUCCUUACUAAUUUUCAUCUACGAUGAAGCUCGUCGUUUCAUCAUUAGACGCUGUCCAGGCGGUUGGGUUGAAAUAGAGACUUAUUACUAAAGUCAGAAAGAGAUAAUUUCUUUUUCAUCUUCACCUCUCUCUCUCACACACAUCCCUUACCCCACUCUUUUCUCCUCUUUCCGGUUCCACUUCCUUCUAUAUCCUUUCAGACUUUUUCCUCUCUCUGUUUCUGACUUAAUUGUUUACGAACUCUCUCAUACUCACAAUCAACUCAACUCACUUCAUUUACUCAUUAUCUCAUUUGUUUGUUAAUAUUUUUAUUUGUUAUUUUUAUUUUGAUUUGUUUCAUUCUCAUUUUUGUUUUUAUUGUUUUUUUAUUUGUUAUUUAUUUGUUAUUUUUUUUUGUUCUUGAUUUUUUUAAAACAAAAAUCUCCCUUUAAUCAGAUUGAGAAAUUAAUUAAUUAAUGUAAAACUAAUAGGGGUUCCUAAUAAUUGCAUAAUAUUAUUUUAAACAUGAUUAUUAAUCGUCAUCAUCUUCAUCAUAAGUUGUUACAAAUUCAAUUUUAGCUAAUUUACCAAACAAAAUACAUAACAAACCAACACCAAAAAAAACCAAAUCAAUGAAUGGAAAAUGAAUUGCGAUUUAAUUAAUCAAUUAAAAUCUUUUAGGACCUUCCAAGUUUCUUAAAAGUAAUUUAAUUUUAUUCAUUCAAUAAUCACAAUUAUCCCCUUCAUCUUUGUUGACAAUUAAAUCAACUAAAAAUCAAGACUUGGGAUCAAUCAAACUUUCAAAAAUUCAGCGAUUUGGUUUCUCACAAUGAUCAACCAACAAUUAACCGUAACAACUAUUGACAAAGCUCACAAUCCACCACCAGCAACCUGUUCCCACCCUGAAGCAAAAGUCCUGACGAAGGAGGGAAAACGAUUGACCCAAAAUCAAUUGAACAAUUAAUCAAUUAAUCAAGAAAGGACAAAAAUAGUCUGAGAGGGAAAUCUAUUCCCACCUCUGAAAACCCACCACUGGACAAGAAGGCAAAACCAUAACACCAAUAACAUUUCCCACUCCAAGUUCAAUCACCACCUCGACCUUAACCUCAACCUUAACCUUUUCACUUUCACUGCGACAAGAAAACAAAAAGACAAAAAAACUAGGAUUUAUAAAUUUUUUCCCGCUCAUAGAUAAUUUAGAGAAAGAAACAAUUAAGAAGAUGGUGAUUAAUUAACCAAAUCUCAAUCAAUUGGACAUUCUAAAAGAAAA